AUGGGUAAGUUAUCUCAGUUUCUGUUGCAUCCUGUGGAGCUUAAGGCUGCCUUAAAACUUAAAUUCAUCAGAAAACCUUUAUUCUCUCAAGACCAAGCCAAUGCAUCACCAGAAUUGAAAAGGUGCUAUGAGUUGUUAGGUCUCACUUCUCGGUCGUUCGCUGCCGUGAUCAUGGAGCUACAUCCGGAGAUGCGCAAUGCCAUCAUGCUGUUCUAUCUCAUCUUGAGAGCAUUAGAUACCAUUGAAGACGACAUGUCGAUAGACCCUGAGAUCAAAGUACCACUUUUACGUGAGUUUGACUCGAAGCUGGACCUCGAGAACUGGUCUUUUGACGGCAACAGUCCUACGGAAAAGGAUCGUUGCGUGUUGGUUGAGUUUCCCUGUAUUUUGAAGGAGUUGCACAAGCUGAAAGCAGAAUAUCAAGCUGUCAUCAAGGACAUGACCCACAAAAUGGGCAACGGAAUGGCAUCCUACAUUCUGGAUGAAAACUUCAACCUGAACGGCGUCUCCACUAUCAAAGACUACGACCUAUACUGUCACUACGUGGCAGGGCUUGUGGGUGAUGGUUUGACACAGCUUUUUGUUCUUGCAGGCUUCGCCUCAGAAGACCUAUAUGCUGAAUCCACACAAACGUUUGAGGGCAUGGGUUUGUUUUUGCAGAAGACAAACAUCAUCAGAGACUACGCCGAGGACUUGGAGGACGGGCGCUCUUUCUGGCCUAAGGAGGUCUGGUCGCUUUACGCCGAUAAAUUGGUUGACUUCUCUCGUCCAGAAAACACCCAAGCGGGUGUCAAUUGUAUCAACCACUUGGUUUUAAAUGCUCUAAGCCAUGUUGAGGACGUGUUGCUGUACUUGAGCUCUGUGCAUGAACAAUCUUCGUUUCAGUUCUGUGCUAUCCCUCAGGUCAUGGCUGUUGCAACGCUAGCUUUGGUAUUCAACAACCCAGACGUUUUGCAUGAAAAUGUCAAAAUCCGCAAGGGUACCACCUGCUAUCUGAUCUUGCAAUCCAGAACGCUUCGUGGAUGCGUCGAAAUCUUCCAGUAUUAUUUACGUGAUAUCAAGAAACGUCUACCCGUCGAGGACCCUAACUACCUCAAAAUCAAUAUUCAGAUUGGCAAGAUAGAACAAUAUAUCGAGGGAAUGUACCAAGAACAGCUACCUGCUGGUGUGGCACCUAACGAGACAGUUAUUUACAAAAAGGUUCAGGAAAGGACAGUCUACGAUUCUAAAGUUGUGCCAAAACAGGUUGAUGAGGAGUACCAAUUUAACAUGGCCAUUACAAUGGUCUUGACCGUUGCUGCUGCUAUCUUCUUCUAUUUGAAGUAA